AUGGGAUUAGUGUUCUUAUUACCCUCUUCAUUGCUCCGAGUGUUUUUCAUCGUCCAAAUCGUCUGCCUUUGCACGUGCGUCCAAUCGCAAUGCAAAAGGAAUCCGGUCCUAUUCAAUUUCGGAGAUUCCAACUCUGACACGGGAAGUUCUGACUAUGGACUCGGUCAAACCGUCGCUCCUCCGUACGGACGCACGUUCUUCCAUCAUCCCGCCGGAAGACCCAGCGACGGAAGAUUAAUUAUCGAUUUCAUAUGUGAGGGCUUGGGAGCAAGUUUUUUAACACCAUAUUUAGAACCUAUAGCGCCGAAUUUCACAAGCGGGGCCAACUUUGCUCUAAGCGGUGCUGCCAUCUUGUCAAGACCAAAACCUUUCAACGUCGAUGUUCAGCUUGCCCAGUUCCUCCAUUUCCGUAACCGUUCCGCCUUACUAGCCUCCCAAGGUUACAGAGGCUUAGUAAGGGAGGAAGAAUUCUCGAACGCCUUGUACACGCUCGAUAUUGGUCAGAACGAUCUCGCGGCCUCGUUCCUUAACCUAACGUUCGAUCAAGUCGUGGACAAAAUCCCUUCCUUCAUGGCGGAAUUGAAAAAUACGAUCAGGGCAAGUUAUUAUCCAUAUCCUUGCCCACAUCGUUUCUUGCGCCCCAAGUAA